CUCGACCCAGCAUCAAUUAAACUUGCUGCAGCCAUUUAGCACUGCUGUCACUCCUGGUGACCAGAGCAGCUACAGAUUUGGUGUAUAUUCUGGAAUUUCAGACAUUAGCACAGAGGCAGACUAUAUUGACAGGCUGUGUUUAUCGCCUAUCUCCGAUUUAUCCUCUUCUUCGAGUAUGUCUUCAGUUCCUGAAGACAUAGCUUUUGAUACUUUCAUGAAUUCUACUGCUUUAAAAAAGUCGAAUGAGAAAAAAAUGUCCAGACAAUCCGCCAAAUUAACGGUUAGUCAUAUCACUGGUACUAUUGCUUCGCCAGGAACUGGUGACGAAUCAUUGGAGGACGAAGAAGAACUUCGACAAAAGAAUUUAGAACGGAACAGAUUGGCUGCUUCUAAAUGUAGGCAGCGCAAAAAGGAAUGGAUGGAAAAACUAGCGCACAAAGCUGAGCGAAUGUCAAAAGAAAAUGAAUAUUUGAAGCAAGUGUUGAACAAUUUGAAGGAAGAGAUGGAAUUUCUUAAAACUCAGUUAUAUAUGCACCAAAAGUAAUGUAAUAGCCCAACGGAAAUUUGGUAAAACGGAGCGUCCGUAUAACUAACUGUAUUCACUUAAUUAUAGGCAUGACUUCAAAUAUUGCAAAAGCAAGGCUUACUUUCAACCAUUUUAAUACUGCUAGAAUUCAAGAUUACUCAUAAUCAAUGUACAUUGCUUUUACACAUAUACCACUUAGUACUAUAUUUUAUAUCGCUAUUGUAUAGACACUAUUAUAUCCGUAAACAGACGCCUUUGAUUUUACUUAACAAGUGGGUUCAAUUAAAGGAGAAGCACUGCUUAGUAAUGACUACUGCUUCUUGAUAAUAACUUCAACGAAGGUUCCCACAUAGCAGCUUAGUCACGCAGUUUGUAUUUUGCAAGCACCUCUAUAAUGACCAUCAUAUAUUAUAAAGGCUGUAUUUUUUAUGCAGCAGUAUUUAGGC